UGCUCCUUAUCACUGGAAAAAUACUGAAUGUAAAAAUAUUUUAUUCGAGUAUGAUGCUAAACAUAUGUACAAUACCAGAAAAUUCGGAAGUCCUGAUUAAUAAUGAUCUGACGAAGGAAUUGCAAAACCAACCCACAAGUACUCAUAAGUGGAAAAAGAAUUGGAAUAAUAUUAUCGUUAUCUGCAUUUACCAUUUGUUUGGUCUUUAUGGAUUGUAUCUAAUGUGCUUCCAAGCUAAAUAUUGGACCACUCUAUGGGUUUUUGUUUUCGGUUACAUAAGUAUUAUUGGUGUUUCUGCUGGUGCUCAUCGAUUGUGGUCACAUCGAUCUUACAAGGCGAAAUGGCCAAUGAAACUUAUAUUAAUGAUUUUACAAACUGCUUGUUACCAAUUAUCGAUUCAUUGGUGGGCCAGAAAGCACAGAAUGCAUCACAAAUACAGCGACACUGACGCGGAUCCGCAUAACCCAAAAAGAGGAUUCUUUUUCGCGCAUAUAGGAUGGUUUCUAGUUGAAAAGCAUCCAGAACACAUAAAGAAACUCAGUAAGGUUGAUAUUACUGACCUUGAACAAGAUCCUAUCGUAGCGUUUCAAAAGAGGUGGUACAUGUACCUGGCGCUGAUUUUUGCGUUUAUUCUGCCGUCAUUGAUACCUUAUUGGUGCUGGGGCGAGACGCUAUGGUGUUCAUGGAAUGCUAAUAUAUUUAGAUGCUUGUUUAACAUGCACCUUAUCUUCUUGAUUAAUUCUUCGGCUCAUAGAUGGGGUACAAAAACAUAUACGAA